GGCUCAGGUGAGCUCCUCUCGGCUUUCCCGCGUUACUCGGCGCGCGGGGUGGACGGGACCAUGAAGGCUUCGGAAGACGGCCGAGCCGAGGCGGAGUUCCCGCAAAUGGAGCUCCUGGAAAGCCAGGACUCGGACCCAGAGCAGCCGCAGGGCCCUGGGGAAAGGCGGCAGCCCGGGAGUCUCCAAAGCAGCCUGAGUGAGGAGGCGGGGGGCUCGGCCAGGAACCUUCCGGAUGAGAAGAAGCCGCCGCCUCCUCGCCCGGGCCCCCUGGCCAUGCCGCCGCUCAGCCUGGGCUACGGCGCCUUCCGCCGCCUGGGAUCGGCCAGCCGAGAACCGCCGUCGCCGGGCGCCGCCUGGGCGGAGCAGCCCCGGGAUGGCGAGGCGGCGACCGGAGCCGAGCAGGAGCCCUGGGCUGCUCCGGGAGAGCAGCCGUCCGGCUCCUGGGCGCCCAUGGAACUGCAGGUGGACGUGCGCGUGAAGCCGAUGGGCGCCGCCGUUGGCAGCCAAGCACCCCCGCCGUCGCCGUCCACGCGCUUCCUCACCGUGCCGGUGCCCGAGUCCCCCGCCUCCCUCGCGCACCCGCUGUCGUCCACCGAAGGCCAGGGCUCGCCGCUGGCCGUUGGCCCGACGGAGCGCGGCAGCGACGCCAAGGGCCGCGCGGUCUCGCCGGGCUCUCCCACGCGCCGCUGUCGCUGCAAGGAGCACGAACUGGAUGAAGAGGCGGUGCAGCUGCUGCGUGCAGGCUGGGACACCAAGAAGCUCCCCCGAGCGAUGACGCUCAUAGGCCUGCCCACCUACAUGAAGUCCCUACGCUGGGCCCUGGCGGUCAUGGCCGUGCUGCUGGCUGUCUCCACGGUUGUCAUUGUCAUCCUGGCCUCUAAGACAGGAGGCCGGUGCCAGCCGUGCCCAUGGGGCUGGAUAUGGUCAGAGGACCACUGUUACUACCUCUCUGCGGAGGCACGAACCUGGGAGGACAGCCAGGCUUUCUGCUCAGCCCACCAUGCCACCCUCCCCCUGCUGAGCCACGCCCAGGACUUCCUGAGCAGAUACCCCAUAACCAAGCACUCGUGGCUGGGGGCCCGGCGAGGCCCCCAGGGCUGGUACUGGACUGACGGGGUGCCCCUACCGCCCCAGCUGCUCCCAGAGGAGGAUGACCCGGCUGUCAGCUGCGGGAGCCUGGAGGAGGGCAGGCUUGUGGCUGUGAACUGCAGCUCUCCCAGACCCUGGGUCUGUACCAGGCACGCCCAGUGACUCCAAUGCCAUCUGCCCUGAGCCCAAGGGGGAUCCAGGAGGAAGCCAGGGAGAACAUCGUGCACUGCUUGGUGCAAGAGCUGUGCAGUGUGGAAGUGGCACCUGGAGGGUCAAGGUGUGGUUUCCUCCAGUCCCCUGAGUGUUGGCCAGCCCAGCUGGUGGGGCCCGCAGGGUCCCCAGGGCAUGCAUGACCAAGGCUGGGAGGAAGCAGAGGAAGUUAAGGGCACCCCAGCUUGGUAAGCAAAAGUGGCAGCAAGACCAGACACCUGGGGAAUGCAGGCAAGCUGAAGGUAGCUCCUGCACCCACAGCCUUAGCAGCCCAAGAUGCCUACACAGAGGUGCUCAGAAGAGGCUCUGCACAUUUUCUGGGCUAGACCUCCCCAAGCAAUGGUGCUGUGCCUGGGCCUUGUCUCUGUGCCAAGCCUGUAUUCCAACCAUUGCAUGCAAACUUGUGAACCAAUUAUCCCAUGCAAACCAACCUUCCUCUGUACAGUCAGACCACAAACCCAAGCUCCAACCAAAGAAUCCUUUAUCAGAGCCAGCACUGUGAUACAGUGAGUUCAGCUGCCAUUUGCAAUGCUAGCCUCCAUGCAGGAG